AUGUUCUCCCAGCAGAACAUGAGUGAGAGUGAGAUUAUUGAGAAGUUGAAGGAGAGGGGAAUGACCGGCCUCGAUCUUUCCCUGCCAACUAUCAUCAUUCGCCAUAAAGCCUCCAACGUGGGACAGGCACAAGCCGUUGUCCUCCAGGCCUACGAGCGGCUCUCAAGUACGGCUAUUGCAAGUGUCGAUCCCGCUGGAGUCGACAAGUACCAUUAUCAUCAUGCUCCGGCACCCAUAACCAAGAUCGUGACCACUGAAGGCAGCAGUCUCAAGAUCACAGAUAAUACCGGCCGUGUUCUCAUGAUCGCCAAGUCCAGUACAUUUCUUCCCAUCACUUACCAGAUGAGACGCUUCACAACUACUGCACCCUCGUUCACCCUCUUUCCAUUGCUUCCUCGUGAAAUUAGGCAUGAGAUUUGGGCUCUUUCUGCUGCACCCCGAGUCUUGGUAGCCAAUGAGUCCUACGCAUCUCCACCGAUAGUUGAUAGUGACGGGGUUGAACAUCGUCGAGACUUUCGAGUCUUUGUUAUUCGGCCUUCGGUGACCGAGGCAAGUGGUGAAGCCGCUGAAUUUCUUCGUGCAAUGGGGGUGUAUAAACACGUUUGCUAUCAAGUUUGUGGUCGGAAGCGGUCGUUUCUCUUCAAUCCAGAAACAGACCUCCUCGAAGUUUCUACGGAGCUUAACCGCAUCGGUUGGCCACCAGGGCUAACACUGGAUGAAGUGCUGUACCGCACAGAGAAGUCAUCUAGUUUGUCUGUGAUCAAACGCUUAGCUUUGCAGCUGCCACACUUUGAGAACUCCUUUCCAUGGUCUGUUCUAAGCAUGGAGGGCAUGACCUCGCUGCAAGAGCUGUACGUAUGGGGCUUCAUCGUGGCUGCUGAGAGAGAGAGACCAUUUGACAUUCGACUGGAGUUUGUGGACCUCGAGGGAGACAGGGACGAACUCUGCCCAGCCUUUCCGUCGCCAGAGGGUUUUCGACUCUAUGGUAUACCUGCUAUGUUGGCUGUCUGCGAGUUUGUUGUAAAGCCUGAUGAGCAACAACAUCUCUUUGACUUGUGGAUGUUGAUUGGUCGUGGUCUGCGAAGCUCUCCGUGUUUUCCUGACCGUGUCACACUUAACCUCCGCUAUGUUUAG